AUGGGUAAUUACAUACCCAACCUAUUUAUGACCCAACCCGCCCAUUUGCCACCCCUAUUCACAGUUAAGAGUGCCUAUUUUGUCGCUAUUAAACUCCUUGACACAAGGGAUGAAGGGGAAUGCUCCUUUGGAGAUCCAAAUGACUGGAUUUGGAGGAAAAUCUGGUCUCUAAAGCUCCCAGAAAAAAUUAAGAUUUUCUCUUGGCGUGCUUGUGUGAAUGGCCUUCCCAUGCUCACAAAUGUGGUUGCAAAAGGUAUACAAACCUCUUGUGUUUGCCCAAUCUGUGAUGAGGAGCCUGAAAACCUUAUUCAUGCUUUAAUCUCUUGCGUUUUUGCACUCUCGGUGUGGUCCCUUUGGCAAGACUGCCCCAUUGAUUUGCUGCUAAAUGCGAAAGACUUCAAUGAUUUAGUGCUCCAAAUUUGCUCUUCCCCGACUGCCUUACACCUUGAAUUCUUCUUUGCCAUCUCCUGGGCAGUUUGGUACAACAAAAACAAGCUUAUCCAUGAUGAGAAUGGUCUGCCGCCUAUGCAAAUCUGGGAAAUGGCCAAGAACUUGGUUGAGGAUUUUAAGGAGGCCUCCUUGUUGGACUUUACCCCUCUGCCGUCUCCUCAAAAUGGUUGGGUUGCUCCCCCGUCGGGCUAUUUCAAGGUAAAUGUAGAUGGUGCUUCUUCCAUUGAUGGCAGCGGAAUUUCUGGUGUCGAGGUAAUCAUUCGAGACGAGAUGGGUGAGGUAGUCGCUGCCCUUUGUAAGGCUCUGCCCUUGCAUUACCCCGCCGAAUGGACGGAGUUUUUUGCUUUAGAGCAUGGUGUACUCUUGGCUUAG